AAACCCAGCAGCAGCAGCCCUGCCCCGUUGCCCCAGCAGUCAAGCAUGCACAGAAAGCGUGGGCCACAAAGGCAAGAGGAGAAAGACCCCAGUAGCAGCAGCAGCAGCAGGGAGCCAAACAUGCAACGCCAGUUCCUCCGAGGCGGCGAGCAAAACGUUCCUCCGAGGCGGCGAGCAAAACGUACCACCAAAAUCCACAGCAAGAAGGACCGCCUUUCAUGA